AGUAAGUGUGUAUGUCAUUUUCAAACAUUCUGACAAUAACUGAAAAGAUUGAAAGUCUUCUAAAGGUGAGAAUGAAAGGCUUUGGUAAUUUUUUAGAAAGAGGCCUUAGAACUAAAUUCUGCAUUAGCUCUAGAAGUAAGCAUUUGUGCCUUUAAAAUUGGAAAUUCCAUGUGGACCUUUAGAAAAGUAGGGACUGAAUUGGUACAGAGAUAAUUGUUGAAGAUCAGUUCUGCUUCAAAAUGGUCCAGCUGAAUCCCUAAGUAAUUUUUUUUAAAUAGCACAUUGUGGGUGGAGUUGAUGUGUUUUGUGGAACUGACUGAUUUCCUUUCUCUGGCAGAAAGCACUAGGUGGGGACAGUGCGGUGAGGCCCUUCCAGAGCACUGCAGCAGCCUGUGCACCGGUAUCACAUUAUCGGACUGUUAAAGGUGUGGACUCAAGUGAAGAGAGUUUUUCUGAUUCAGAUGAUGAUAGCUCUCUCUGGAAACGCAAGCGACAGAAAUGCUUCAACCUCCCUCCCAAACCAGAGCCUUUUCAGUUUGGCCAGAGCAGCCAGAAGCCGCCAUUUGCUGGAGGGAAGAAGGUUAACAAUAUCUGGGGUGCUGUGCUGCAGGAGCAGAAUCAAGAUGCGGUGGCCACUGAACUUGGUAUCUUGGAAAUGGAAGGCACUAUUGACAAAAGCAGACAGUCCGAGACCUACAAUUAUUUGCUUGCUAAGAAACUUAAGAGGGAGUCUCAAGAACAGACAACAGAAUUAGACAAAGAGCUAGAUGAAUAUAUGCGUGAUGUCAAGAAAACAGGCUCAAAGGAAGAGGAAAAUGGGCAAGGUCAUCUUAAAAGGAAACGACCUGUCAAAGACAGACUAGGAGACAGACUAGAAAUGAACUAUAAAGGCCGGUAUGAGAUCACAGAGGAUGAUUCUCAGGAGAAAGUGGCUGAUGAAAUUACUUUCAGGUUGCAGGAACCAAAGAAAGAUCUGAUAGCCCGGGUAGUGAGUAUAAUUGGGAACAAAAAGGCCAUUGAACUUCUGAUGGAAACUGCUGAAGUUGAACAAAAUGGUGGCCUUUUUAUAAUGAAUGGUAGUCGAAGAAGAACACCAGGUGGAGUUUUCCUGAAUCUCCUGAAAAACACUCCUAGUAUCAGUGAGGAACAAAUUAAGGCCAUUUUCUACGUUGAAAAUCAAAAGGAAUAUGAAAACAAAAAAGCCGCUAGGAAGAGGAGAACACAACUGUUGGGGAAAAAGAUGAAACAAGCUAUUAAGAGUCUGAAUUUUCAAGAAGAUGAUGAUACAUCACGAGAAACUUUUGCAAGUGACACAAAUGAAGCCCUAGCCUCUCUUGAUGAAUCACAGGAGGGACAUGGAGAAACUAAGUUGGAUGUAGAGGAAGACAUUGAGGUUGACCAUUCUCACGAUUUGGACAUUUUUUAGUACAUGUUGAGGAAUAAUCCCUCCUACAGUGGUAAUAAACCAUUUCUACUGAAUUGCUUUGUUUUACUUUGCACUGAUAAACAUGAAAAUCUGGAGAGAAAGACCUGUUUUCUUGUUUUAAAUAAAAUUGAAUAUAUGGGGAGAUGAAUGCAAUUGAUGAAAACAUUUAGAAUUUUCUCAUGUCUGACAAAAUAUUCAAAAAGUAUAUAGCAGAGGAUUUAAUUUCUCGAUCUGUUGCAUGCGCUAAUUAUAACUAGUUAAUAAUCAGUUUUGUCCAGGUCAUUAUAACAUGCCAUUCAAAAGUUUUUUUUUUCCUAUUUAUCUUUGCAGAGAAUUAUGACUGGUUUCAAAACAUUCCAUUCGAAGAUCCUAGUAAGACACAUAAAUUGUUAAACUAUUUAUUACAAAUGCAUCCAAAUUUAGUUUGUCUGUGUCCUAAGAACUCUUAGGCUAUUUUAAGGUUAGCGAUUAAAAUUCAAAUAGGUUUAUACUGAUGGUUCUUCUCACUUAUUUGUCCAGAAGUAAGUAAACAGCAGAAGCUUUUCAAAGAUGUAUUGAUUCGUAACCUUAAUAUUGUUUUGUUUGUCUUUUUUUUUAACUUAUUAACUUGGUUGUACACUAAAUACUGAAUGUGAUCCAUACCCGUGUUAUUACUUACCAUGGACAUUUAAACUUUUUUCAAUGUUAGCCUGCUUAAGACUGUUUUACCUUAUAUUAAGGAAGUAUUUAAAAUGUCAUGUCUGGCCCUGGCUGGUGUGGCUUGUGGUUAGAGUGUUGGCCUGUGCACCAAAGGGUCGAGGGUUUGAUUCCUGGUCAAGGACAUGUAUCUGAGCUGCAGGUUCGACCCCCGCCCCCACGUGCGGAAACCAACCAACCAAUUGAUGUGUCUCUCACAUUGAUGUUUUUCUGUCUUCCCCUUCCUCCCUUCCACUCUAAAAAUCAAUGGAAAAAAUAUCAUACCUGCAUGGAUUUUCAGAUUACUCAUUUUGAUUGAAGGAGUAAACCUUCUGAAGGUGUAGGUUACUUAAGAUGUUCCAAAAGUUGACUAUAGUUAACAAAAUAGAUUAAGCAAAAGCGUGUAAGAAGUGAUUACAAAUAUUCUUUGCAGGCAAUAUGCUUGAACUCAACGGGUCCUGAAAUACAUGGUCAUUGGAGUUGGAUUUAAGGAUCUAAGUGGGAAAAGAGAAAAGUGGUUAUUGGUUGCUUUUUAUUCAUAAAGAAUGCAAAAAUAUUCCCAUCCUGAUAAAAGGCUUACAUUUACAAAAAGAUCCAGAUGCAAUUUUCAACUACUCUGAAACCAGCAGGUCACACCUGACUGUAAUAGUUUUCUUAGCUGAAAUUGUAGGUGUUUUUCUUGAGAUUAAUUUAUGAGAAAAGAUUAUCUGAUGCAUUUUGCAUUGAACUGCCCCUUUAGUGGUUUAUUUUCGUUCUGCCCAUCUGUCUACUAAAAAAAUGUGAAAUAAAAGAAUGCAAAAAUAAAAUUAGUUUUGGCAGUCCUUAA